UGUCUUAUUUGUACCGAACCCCAAUCACUCCACAGUCCCGCAGCUCACACGCAGUGGUUCCAUUCUUCUCUUUACUCGCCAGAGAUGGCUUCUUUAAUCUAUGGCUCUGCCUCAAUCGCCGUCUCGACCCAGUUUACACGCCGCCAUAGGUUGUCAGAUCUCCGUUCACCACCACCUCUUUCUUCAUACAGGCGGAGAUUGACGGUCAAGGCUGCAGAAACUGAUGCUAAUGAAGCUAAGCCUGAGGUUCCUACUAAGGCACCGACAAAUAUUGGUGCUUCCAGCUUCAACCAGCUUCUAGGCAUGAAGGGGGCUGCACAGGGCACGGACAAAUGGAAGAUCCGUCUUCAACUUACAAAACCUGUCACUUGGCCUCCGUUGGUGUGGGGAGUGGUCUGUGGGGCUGCUGCUUCUGGAAAUUUUAAUUGGAAUAUUGAGGAUGUAGCCAAGUCCAUUGUUUGCAUGAUUAUGUCUGGGCCAUUUCUUACAGGUUAUACACAGACACUAAAUGAUUGGUACGAUCGUGAAAUUGAUGCUAUCAACGAGCCUUAUCGACCUAUCCCUUCAGGAGCUAUAUCUGAAAAUGAGGUUAUAACUCAGAUUUGGUUGCUGCUACUCGGAGGCAUUGGUUUGGCAGGUCUAUUAGACGUGUGGGCAGGCCACAAGACCCCAGUUAUAUUUUACCUAGCUUUGGGAGGAUCUUUCAUUUCAUACAUUUAUUCUGCUCCCCCGUUAAAGCUCAAGCAAAAUGGAUGGAUUGGAAAUUUUGCUUUGGGGUCAAGCUACAUUGCUCUACCAUGGUGGGCUGGCCAGGCAUUGUUUGGAACUCUUACUCCAGACAUUGUUGUGCUUACACUCUUGUACAGCAUAGCUGGGCUGGGUAUUGCAAUUGUUAAUGAUUUUAAAAGUCUUGAAGGAGACAGGGCUUUGGGGCUGCAGUCACUUCCAGUUGCUUUUGGUCCUGAAGCAGCCAAAUGGAUUUGCGUUGGUGCGAUUGACAUAACUCAGUUAUCCAUUGCAGGUUAUCUGCUCGGUACAGGAAAGCCGUUUUAUGCCUUAGCUCUGCUGGGAUUAAUAAUUCCCCAGGUGGUUUUCCAGUUCCAGUACUUCCUGAAGGAUCCUAUAAAGUACGACGUUAAAUAUCAGGCCAGCGCUCAACCUUUCUUAAUACUUGGCCUCUUGGUGACAGCUUUGGCCACAAACCACUGACAAUUUAUUGCCAAUAUUUAAUUUCUUUAUUCGCCAAAAAAGGUUAUUUCGCAGAUAAACGCUUCUAUUGGCAUUUUAAUUUUAAUUUUAUUUUAUUU